CGAUCGGUGGUGCUCUGUGUCCCUCAGACACAGCGGAUGACCGAUCACGGAAAGAGCCGAAGAUGUCCCAUCACAGCUGAUCACUGAUCAUCAGGGCACUGAUGAUCAGUGUGCCCUGAUGAUCAGUGUGGCCCCAGAAGUGCCACCUGUCAGUGUCCAUCAGUGCCAGCUGUCAGUGUUGAACAGUGCCACGUGCCAGUGCCCAUCAGUGCCACAUCAAUGCCACAUAUCAGUGCCUUCCAGUGCACAUCAAUGCCACAUAUCAGUGUCCAUCUGAGCUGCCCUUCAGUGUCACCCAUCAGUGC